GCACGGCUCGCCCAGCAGCGCCGACGCCGCCGCCGCCUCCGCCGACGACGGCUUCGACGAGGACGACGACGAGGAGGAGGAGGACGAGGACGAGGACGAUCUGGAGCCCGAUGAGGAUAUGGACGAGAUGCACAUAGAGAUGGAGGAGCCCACCGCCGGCGAUAAGGACCCGGACAAGGAGCUGUGUCCGGAGCACCAGCUGGCGCUGGAGCGUCUGCGACAGCACCACUCACGGGAGCUGACGCGCGGGCCCACCACCGGCGGCAGCGUGCAGGCCACAGACCGGCUGAUGAAGGAGCUGCGCGAUAUCUACAGAUCGGACAGCUUUAAGAGCGGCUCGUUCAAGGUGGACCUGCAGAACGACAGUCUGUACGACUGGAACGUCAAGAUCUACAAGGUGGACCCGGACUCGCACUUAUACAGCGACCUGCGCCAGCUCAAGGACAAGGAGGGCAUCGACCACAUCCUGCUGAACCUGGUGUUCGAGGACAACUACCCGUUCGAGCCUCCGUUCGUGCGCGUCGUGUAUCCGGUGAUGCAGAACGGCUACGUGCUGCUGGGGGGCGCACUCUGCAUGGAGCUGCUGACCAAGCAGGGCUGGACGUCGGCCUACACGGUGGAGGCCAUCAUCAUGCAGAUCACCGCCACCCUGGUCAAAGGCAAGGCGCGCAUCAACCAGGGCGCCUACAAGGGACAGUACAGCCUAUCCAGAGCCAAGCAGUCUUUCAAGUCCUUAGUUCAGAUCCACGAGAAGAACGGCUGGUUCACGCCCCCCAAGGCGGACGGCUAACGGGGCGGCGGCCGGUCCCGCCCGCGGACCCGGCGAGAUCUCCUCCGUGGCGGCCCGCCCGCGCCCGGCCGCGCCGCCUCGUCCGGCGCCGGCGCGCUGACCUCAUUAC